AUGCCAACGGACUCGAUGCCUGAGAAUCGCGAGGUGCACGCGGACCCCCCUGCCCCGCCGAGGCCCGAGAAGGACGAGGCGCCGCUGGAAGAGAUCGUGCAGGACGGAAUCACAUAUACGAAGGGGAGCUACGUGCUCGUCAAGAACACCGACUCAGACGGGGAACGCGGCGUAGCCCGGCUCGAACAUCUGCUCCUCAAGGGCGGGGAGGCCAGUGCGGAACUCCGCCUGCUUCGCCGCCCGACUGACCUCCCGGACGUGCGUGUGGCGCCGGGGGAGGAGGGGCCUGCGCCGAAUGAGCUCUUCCUCACCGACGACCUCAGCCGCGUGCCGCUGUCGAAGCUUGACGGGCUCGCCACCGUCGCAUCGUCCAAGGAGCACAAGGACGCCCCGUACGUGUGUUUCCGGCACUUCAAUCCCUCGACGCGCACGCUCUCCGUGGAGCAGCACCCGCACAGCGGCCCGCCGGUCACGAUCAGCAACGUGAUGGAGCCGCAGUCCGCCAGCGCCUCGGGCGCACCGCCGCGCAGCACGCCCAGCUCCGCGACAGACGCCGCGCCUCCGACGAGCGCCUCCCAGCCGCCGCCGAGCAGCUCCCAGCCGCCCGCCUCGGGCCCGCAGGAGCCGACGUCCCCGUCGGCGCCCGCGAAGGCGCCGGCCCGCAAGCGCGACGCCCCCGCGGCGGGAAAGAAGGCCCGGAACGCCAAGCGCACGCGCACGGUGUCCACCGCGAACGUCGCCUCGCCGUCCGCGGGCUUCGGGCUCGCCCACAGCGCGGCCCCGUCGUCCGACCGCAUGCUCGUCCUCCCCAAGGACCUGCGGUCGCGCUGGUCCCGGGAGCGCUACGAGGCGGCACAGCGGUCGCUGAUGGACGUGCUCGUGCGCAUGGGCGCGAUCUCGCCCGCGCAGGCGCUCGUGCGGCCGAAGCUGCGCGAGGAGGCCAGGAAGGCGGUGGGCGACACGGGGCUGCUCGACCACCUGCUGCGCCACAUGCCGGAGGCGUGCGUGAUCUCCGGGCUGCUCGUCCGGCGCAUGCACGACCAGCUCGGGCACAUGGUGUACUGGGUGGAGAGCGCGGACCCGUCGAAGCGGACCGCGGAGGUGCUCCCGCCCACACCGGCGGCCCCGCAGCCACGCGCGGGGGGCGAGAGCGUGGGCGGCACCACGGGCGGCCUGCCCAGCCAAUACGCAGGCAGCGAGCACAGCCUGCAGGCGGUGCUGUCGGCGCUGCAGCAGGCAGCGCACAUGCCGUCGUCGCUCCCGGCGUCCCUGCCCUUCAUGUCGUCGCCGCCGCAGCAGCUGCAGCUGCCGACGUCGCCGCCGGCGCGCCCCGCCGCUCCUGGCUUGGUCGCAGAGGAGCGCAUCGCCUCGCUCGAGCAGCGCCUGCAGGCGCUCGAGCGCGGGUCCAUCGCCGCGGUCGCUGCGCUGGAGCAGCACCUCGCCGCGGUCACCGCUCGCCUGGAGGAGGUGUCGCAACAGCAGCUCGCCCUGUCGGCGGCGCUCGUGCACAUGCAGCAGACGCGGCUGGCGCCCGGGUCGACCGGUCACAGCAACAUCGACCUCCUGUCGGCGCUGACCGCCGCGGCGUCCCGGCCGCCCCACUCGUCAUGA